UUUAUUUUCUUACUGCAGUGUGGCGACCAGUUCCCAGAGGCGGAAUUCCAGGCGAAAGCGCGCCAAGGCGAGAUUGGACUGGAGAAGAAGUCAUGGGCCUAUUCAGGCUGGCAAGAUUGGGACGACAAUUGGGAGGCAGAAGAGUCAGAAUGGCAAUCUUCACGGUCCUCUCACACCACCACAAGGGGGAAAAGUCCCGCUGCACAUGCCAUUCGCAAAACCAAGGGGCGUCGACCCAAAGGGUCAAAGAACAGAGGCAACAACGGUGUCAAAGGAAAAGGCAAGGGCAAGACUGGGAAAGGACAGGAGACGGGUGCACAGAACGUUUCCGCGCCCCCUAUUCCAACACCUUGGCCUUCCUUCGAACAGCCGCCAUCGUUGCCAACAACAUCUCAAUCUUCAGUGCCUACAACUGCGGCAGUCGCUCAGCACAAUGCAGACUGGAUCGCAGCGAUCAAACAAGAUUAUCCAGAUCGUGCUACAAUGCCGGAAAAUCUCCGUGCAAUGGUGGAAAAGCACGAGAAGACCCAGGCCAAGAGUGCGGUCAAAUCUUUGCAUUCUGCGACCACAGCCUUGGACAGAGCGCAGAGACAGCUCUCCGAGACAAUGGCAGCGAAGCAGAAGCACUGUGCUUCAUGGAUUGCCCAUCUCACGGAAAGCCUCAAGGUGUGGGAAGCCUCAUUGGAGGAAUAUCGCAAGCACCAAGCAGGAUUGCAAGAUAUGGUGGCCAAGGCCAAAGAAGACAUUGCAGCCGCCAGAAAAGACAUCGAACGGCUCAAUGCACAAGUGGGGACCCAACAGAAUGCACAGGUCCCGCUGGCCGAGGAGACGCAACCGGACGACCCUGCAGAUCACGAGGAAGAGAAGCUUCGUGUCGCCUUGCAAGCUACUUUGCAAGCAUGUGCUGGAUCUCUUGGUAUACAAGCUCCUUCCACGCCAGUGCAGACGAUUACCUCCGACGAGGCAGUAGCACAGGGACAGAUUGAUGUUACGCAAUUUGGUCAUCAGCCCGAGGAAGAUGGCGGUGUUCCAGAGGGGGCUGCAGAGCUUCGAGAAUUGGCCACACAAAACCUUGACACCAUUGAUGACAUGUUCUCCGUGCUUCAAACACAAAGCCCAAAUGAAGACUGCAGGAAGAAGGCCGUUUCGGACGAUUUUUCCAACGCAGGUAGCAAUGACCCCUUUCCUCAAGGUAGCUCCCUGUGUCCCCGGUCACAUGCAGCUUCUGAUGAUCACCCUCCGAAGGAGGAUAGUACGGGCAAAGUGCAGAUGGCCAUUGAGAAAGGUAUCCUCCAUCAGAUUCCUUGGACUUCGAUGCAGACUGGUCAAUAUCAGGGCCUUCAUGCAAGCAGUAGGGCGCACCUGCAGCCUGCUGCUCCUGCUCAAGAUGUUGCUGCGGCAGUAUCUCGGCUUGAGCCCGCACCAAGCGAUAGUUUCACGGAUGAGUUCCUACAGGCUAUCCGUGCGGCUAAUGAAGCGGCCAAUGAUGCCCCAGAAUUCCCUCAGCAGGAGCCAGAUUUGCCCACACAGUCAGAGUUCAUCCAAGAACUAUGGGAGCUCUGGACAGCACAUGCCACGUUAGGCCCAGGUUUCAUAGAGCCCUUAGGCAAGAUUGAAUCGUGGUACACCGACCAUGUGCGGCCGACAGAGAUUUGUCAGGACACUGUUCCGCAGAACGAAUGCACUCUUUGGUACGGAACGACGCCAAUUAGAAGAGGGCAGAAAGUUUUUGUUCGCAGCGGCUAUGCGCUUCGGCUCAGUGUCCGAAGAGGUGUUGCGGUAGCACUGUCCGAAAUGCCAGCAAUUGGCACCGAGCGAGUCCUAUUGAGACAGCUGACAAUGAUGCUCCAGGUGAAACCAGUUCGAGCAGUGCCAGUCACAUCCCUGAGUGGACAGCGGAACUUGGUGCAGAUCAUUAUUUCUCAGCAACUCUCAGAUGACCAACGGGCAGUCUUGGUUGACUCUGGCUCCCAAUCCCCUGACGGUGAAGGCGUUCAGAGAGCUGCCAUCAUUCCAAGACAGGUCUCUGCAAUGGAUGUCAGAUCGGUCCUGCCCAGGAUUCUUCGUGGACCAGAGUUAUUUACUGUGUCACAGAAUGACUACACCUUUGCAGAAGAUCAACUUUUUCUUGUUGCCAAUGGUGAUUCUUUUGUCUUGCGUGCGCUGCCUUCCGUGCAAGAGGAUAGCCCCAUAGACAGCGCACUGCAAGCACCAGAAGACGAAAGUGAUGAUCACUUCCUCUUGCAGCUUCAUUCUGCUCUCUCUACUCCAUCGGCAGUCAUUGGUACUCCUGUGAAUGUGGUUGGCGGAUCUUUCCCUGCAGUACAUGGAACAGUGGUUUGGGAUCGCCUCGCCUUUGUUGAUCCAAUCAAGCAGAAGCAAUUCAAGGAAGCGGUUGCAUCACUUCCAAUUCCUGAUUGGAGCACGCAUGUCGACUCGCAUGCAGAAUUGCUGCAGAAUAAUUUGUUUCAGCUGGCGAAGCAGCACUUUCAGAAAACCAGACGUGAUCGCAGCAGACCCAGGCUCACUGAACCAACGUACAACCUUAUUGCUUUCAAGAGGUCUUGCCUUGACUAUGGUCGUAACAACGGCCUUAUGCAAGAUCCCGAGUUCAAGCUGCAGCUGCGAAGCCUUGAAAAAGACAUUCGUCGUCAAGUUCAGAAGGAUCAGCGAGCUUUCUAUUCUGUCGCUUACGUUGAUGAUCUUGCUGUUUUGUUGCGCAGCCCUGACAAUGAUGCCUUGCUUGGUCUUGCCAAACAGGCUUCUGUUGCUGUAGUUGAUGCUGCGCAGCGCAGAGGCCUUCAGCUCACCAUUGGUGAUGGCAAAACUGAACUCUUAUGGGCGUUGCAUGGGAUAGGCCUAUGCUUUUUGCACUUGCAAAGCCGCAAUUACGAGGUACUUCAAGAGGCUGCUUUCCUUUUGUCCGGUUCUUUUGUGGAACUUGCUCAAAGCGGUUGUUUAGUAGUCCUCAUUUUGGCUUCACCAGCGACACCCCCAUCAAUGAUUGGUGUUCCUUCGUUGCAGUUGAUACCCGAUGGAAGGGAAGACUCAAGCGGGCUAUCUCUUCCUGCCGACGCUAUUGGCAUGAGCAAGCAAAAGAUGCAAUUUGGCACUCCUGGUUGCAGCAGUCCCUUUUGCGACAAGGUGUGGAAGUCGGAUGUAGGAUGGUUGGCUUCCAAGGCCAAGAUGCCUGCCUUACGGUGUGAAGGGCCUUGGUUGCCGCCUCCUGGUUCUGUUGAGGCUGACUACAUGCUCUCUCGCUGGAAGACCAGGCAGGGCAUUGAUGCCGUCCCUGCUUUUGAAGCUUUGGAAGGCGUCUGUCUUCAACACAAUGAGGGCCAUGAGCCGGCCGACCUGGAACCGGUUGGAUUGCAGAAGCAAGACGAGCAGAUGGCUUUUGUAAUGCAUUCUGAUCAGGGUUCAGACUUGGGACACAAUGGUCAGUUUUCCCUGCGGGGCUUG